CCCGCAAUUCUCCGCCCAUUCAGAAAGUACACAAUAAACUCUCAAGAGCGGCCAGAAGCAAAUCUAGCCAACGGAACAUUUCAAUGUCGUUGGACAACACAUAAUAUCUCUUGGGCAACAUGCAAUCUACGGUGUUUACUAUCUUGUUUGUCAAACUAUUAUGCUUAACUUUACAUGGAUUGACAGCAGUGUUAGCUGAACUUCCAAGUCCCAGUAACGUCAGGAUUACCUCCAUCAACAUGGGACUAGUGUUGGAGUGGGAUCCCCCUCAGAACCACACGGGAAACCUCACCUACAGAUCAGAAUACAAGUGGAUCAGCAUCAGGAGCAGCUACCGGGUUGUAUGUUGGGACACAACUGCCCUAUGCUGUGACUUCACCAGUCAUCUAAACAAAUUUGGAGUGUACACUUUCCAAGUGAGGGCAGAACGAGAGGGAGAGGCAUCUCACUGGGUGGAGACUAAGGAGUUUGUCAUGGAUGAACACACCACUUUAGGCCCUCCCAGUGUGACUCUAGUCUCCAGUGGUGCGAACAUUGAAGUGAGCAUCGAAGACCCAGUGCUCAGGAUCUCUGAGUUUAAAGAGAUCUACAAUCAUGCAACCUUUAACAUCACCUACUGGAAGGAGGGGCAGGAGGAGAGGGCCAAACUGAUGAAUGGCAUCCAGCUGCAUAAAGUGGUGUUGGAGCUGGAGCAAUGGACCAGGUACUGUUUUCAGGUCUGGGUGGUAACCCAAAGGUUCUUCAAACAGAGCCAGCCCAGCAACGUUACGUGUGAGAGCACCGCUAAGGGCAAGGACAGGCCCUGGGUGAUGGCCCUGGUGAUAUUUGUGGUGAUGGCAGUGUCAAUGCCCCUGGUGGUUCUAGCAUUCUGGCACUGCUACAAGGUGGUCAACUUCCUCAGACCCAAGGUCAUGCUGCCUGGACAUUUCACAGUGGUGCAUGAUUACCUGUUGGAUCCUCAGUGCUCCUCCAUCCUGGCCUUGCAGAGCAGCCCCCAGCCUGAUGAGGUGUACCAUGAGGUCAGCAUCAUGCCUGGGGGGACAGAGACAGAGAGAGAGCUCUCUCUGAUGGACGGAACAACAUAAUGCACAUAAACCAGACUGACUGACAAUACAAAGAAAGGCAGUGUUCGAGAGCAUCAACACCGCGACUGACAGGCCGAUCUAUAAAUAAUAUUAAGUUGUUGUUUAUAAUGCAAGGUGAUUUGUUGAUCAGUCAGUGUCGACUCGCCUUUAAUGUCGGCUGCACCCAAUCACAAAGAUCUUGAAGUGGACGGGGAAGAUAUGGGUGAAAGACUGAUGUGAGGAAGAAAAGAGGACAACAAUGGAUGGCAGAGAAGAGGACGUAUCUCUUAGUGAGAAAUAAUAGUCUUAACUGACAUCAGGGAUUUAGUUAUUUAUUCAUCCCUGUGAUGAAAUGCAAAGAGAGUUAUUUAGUGUAAUGCAGGGGUCAUCUACUAGAUUCAGCUGCAGGCCGAAUUUGAUCUCUUGGGGGCCGGAACAUAUUUACAAAUCAUUUGUGAUCGUAUGCAAAUUGGCCGCAAGAACCCAAACAAAUAUAUAUUUGACUUAAACAAUCAUUUCAAACCUUGCUUCCAUUUUGUAUACGAUCACAUGUUCCUCUCUAUUAUGCCUGGGAAUAAUUGGGAGCAGAUUCCUUGAAUUAAAAUCACUACGAGUGGAUUUUCUGCUGUUAAAAAUAAAAACAUUUUUUACUGAGAACUUGGGGGGGCCCAAAUACAACCACCGACAGUUGGGGAA